GCCCAAUGCAAAUAAAUGGGUAUCAUUUGUGAUCCACUCGCUAUUUGCCCAGGACCAUCCUAUGCACCUACACGGCCAUGACUUCUUGAUCCUGGGGUCCAGAUAUGGUGAUUUCAAUUCCAAUUUGAUUACACAGUCACCAUUGGUUAACACGCCGCGACGGGACAUUGCCAUGCUAUCCGCGAGUUGUUAUUUAGCUAUUGUAUUCCGGACCGACAGCCCUGGUGUAUGUUUUCUCAAAUACUCUUUUGUGUAAUGAAAAUCAGCCUGGUUGAUGCACUGCCCAUAUUGCCUGACAUACUUCAGAGGGCUUUGCUGUGCAGAAUAUCUCCAUUCUAAGCUCGAUAAGGAGAAAUGGCGCCAAAUUGAGUAUCUUCUUUGGG